AUGGCCAGCUCGGAGCACAACCGGAUAGCCCAACCCACAGAAAUCCCCAUCCCAGAAGAGAAGCGUCAACUCCACGAACAAGCCGAAAUGGCCGCCUUUGCUCUCAAAGCUCAAUUACGACGGAACAUGCUCAAGACCCUCAAGACACAACAAGUCCUUAGAGUGCUUCUCGACGAGCCAUUCUUCAAACGGGCCAAUAACGUCGGGUGCUAUCUGAGUAUGAAGAAAGGCGAGCUCCAAACAGACGGGAUCGUAGACCAUCUCUUACGGCGAGGCUCAUCACUAUACACCCCCUACAUCCCCGCCCCUCCAAAACACUCCCACAACCCCUCAGCACCCUCACCCUCCUCCCCCGCACCGGAGGAGGAUAUGAAGAUGCUUCGGCUGUAUUCGAAAGAAGAUUUGGAAAGAUGUCCGGAGGAUAGGUGGGGUAUUGUGGAUCCGGGGCUUGAGAGGAAAGAUGGGGAGGGCGGGUUGAGGGAAGAUGUGAUGAGUGCCAACACGCCAGGACUCGACCUGAUCCUCAUCCCCGGAGUAGCUUUCGACCAAGAAUGUAACCGACUCGGAAGAGGAAAAGCCUAUUACGACCGUUUCCUCGAACGAUACACAUCUUCCAACAAACCUCGUCCCCUCCUCGUCGCCCUAGCCCUCUUCCCCCAGAUCCUUCCAUCUCUGGAGAGCGUACCGACGACAGAACACGAUUUCACCCUAGACGCCGUCGUCUCGCCUGAAGGUCUUGUCUGGGGACAUCCGGAAAGCUUUGAGAGGGCCAUGUCUAUGGUAGGGCGGGGAUGA